AUGAUGGUGAAGAAAUGUGUCGUGCCAGGGUGUAUGAACGAGGCUGGGCAUUCAUGCAAAUGCUCUUCUCCUGAGAUUUUAUUGUGCGAAGAGCAUAUCGGGGAGCAUGUAAACUUACCUGAUAGAGCUCAUACUCUUGAAUCUAUUUUUAUGCAGCCUUGUGAAGGGACAAAAGAAGUAAUUCUUGGAUUCCUUGCAAAAGAAAAGUCAAAAUUUAGCGAGUUGAGAAGAAAAAUUAUAGAUUCCUUUCGCCAGUGUCUUCCUAAUUCAGAGAAAGACUUAGGAGAUUUCACCAAGCUGGGUUGCUACUUAGAUGAAAUAAAUGACUUAAUUGCAAAAAUUUCCCAAACUUCAAAAUUAUUAAAGUCAGAAAUAAACCCAAAUUUAGGAUUAUUGAGUUUACAGCCUCAAGAAGCUAUUGAGAAAGUAAAAUUGAUGACAACAGCCAGCAGAGAUUGAUACAACGGUGCAAAGCUCUUUAAUGUAUUCAAUCAAAAGUUAGAGAGUCUAAAUAGAUCCUUCUUUACAGAAAUAUGCGGGGCAUAUCUAGAUAAAAGUAAUAUGCAAAAUACUCCUGAAAUGCUGAAUAAAAGUAAAGCCGCAAGUUUAGAGCCAGCAAACGUUUAAUUAGUCUAAAUUAUUAUUUUUUAUUGAUUUUUUUCUAUUUUAUUGGCAUACGUUAAGGAUUCGAAUUUUUUGAUAAUAAAUGAGAACUUUGAGAUUUUAAAAAAAUCUGAAAACGCAAACAAGCCAAUAAGGUUGCUUAAUUCUCACAUAAGGGCUGUUUCUAAUUAUCUCAACAGUAAAUCCAAGGAAACAGAAAGUGCUUUAAGUAUCAUAGAUACCUUAAGAAAUAAAACAGCUGAGAUUUUGAGUAGACCGAAUAAUCGAGAAUUAGAGAUAGAUCUCAGAACAACUUGCUCAGCAAUUCAGGCCAAUUCUAGUCUUUAUGAUCCACCACUAAUGCAAGCCUACCAAGAUUAUCUCAAAGCUUAUCAACUAAAAAUAUCUCUUUAUAAUAUUAUAUGAGAUAAAGGAAGCAAGAGAACUAAUUUAAUUAUUUAUAACACUGAAACUGAAACCCAAGAAGUCAAAACCUUGCAGACUCCAGAACCACUAGACGAUUCUACUUGCAUAACCCAACUUCCAAAUGGCAAACUAUUCUGUUUUGGUAAUCAUAACCUUUCUGGAAUUACAGUGCUAAUUGAUGUGGAUGAUGGAGUCGAAGUGCUGCCAUCAGGAACAGAAAAAUGGUAAUUAUUUUUUAUAAUUUAGUACUCUCUCUUGCUUUAAAUAUCCUCUAAAAUGUUUCCAUUCUUAAUUAAAUUUUAGCUAGAGAACUCAAUACAACGCCUCUUAAAAUAAAUCAGUAAGAAAUAGCACCCAUCUGGAACUCCUUACUAUUGCUCAUCAUGUAUACUACUUUUAAAGAAUGAUAGUUGCAUAUAGAUAAUCUUUGGAAACUGCAUAUUGAUGGGAUAAAUGAUAUGGUAUGUUCCCAAAUAUCAAUUCAUCUUUCUUGUAUUGGCUUUUUACAAAUAGAUUGUACAACAGAGUGCAUAAAAGACCCAAAAAUCUAUAUAGUCCAUUUUAUCUUUUUCUCAAGCCCAACAGACUUUGUCAGAGCCUGCAAUAAAAUAUCAAGUGAUCUAUAUCUAUUUCAAAAACAGCGUCUAUUGCUUUGGAGGAAUAUAUGAAGGUGAUUAUGAUUGUGAUUUGGUUCUGUCUAGUAGAUUCGAUUUGAAUCAAAAUCGAUGAGUUAAAUUAACUCCAAUGCCAGAAGCUGAUUACUCUUGCUCUAGUAUAAUAUUUAAUGGAAAUAUUUUGAUUUCUGGAUAUAAGAGUAGAAAUCUUUGGUUAUACUCAAUUGAUAUUGACUCUUUCUCGACAAUUCCUUAUGAGUUUGAAGAGUGGGGAAGAAAGAUCCUGAUAAAUGCAGAGAGACUCUAUUUGAUUGAAUGCCCUGGAUCAAUCUAUGAAAGCGAAAUUGGAAGUUACUCGAAUUGGAGAAGAAUAGCAGAAUCAAAAGUCAAUUACAAUGAUGAUCAAGUGUUUUGUUCAUAUAAUAAAGGAGGAAUAUACAUCUCAAAUAGUUCUGUAUCGGCUGAAGAAUAUUAUUUUUUUAGUUUAGAUCAAAAAAUCAUUAUUGAUAUUGCUUACUAUGACACGCAUGUCGCACUUAGAAGAGUAGGUAAAAAGAUUGAAGUAAUAAAAUGCAAUAUCAAUUUUAAGCUUGAUUCUAAUUGUCUGGAUAAAUGAAGUCUAAAAGGCAAUACUCUAAAGACUUUAGGAGAAAAAUUAAAACAAAUUGAACGCUAUAACGAAACAAUCAAACUCGAUCCAAAAAAUGCUAGCUUUUACAAUAAUAAAGGAUUCGCUUUGUUUGAUUUAGAAAGAUAUCUAGAAGCAAUCGAAUGCUAUGAUGAAGCAAUCAAACUUAAUCCAAACAGUGAUACUUUUUACAAUUAUAAAGGCAAUGCUUUGUCUUAUUCAGAAAGAUAUCUAGAAGCAAUCGAAUGCUACGAUGAAGCAAUCAAACUCAAUCCAAAAGAUACUAAAUUUUACAAUAAUAAAGGCAACGCUUUGUCUGAUUUAGAAAGAUAUCUAGAGGCAAUCGAAUGCUAUGACGAAGCAAUCAAACUCGAUCCAAAAAAUGCUACCUUUUACAAUAAUAAAGGCAAAGCUUUGUUUGAUUUAGAAAGAUAUCUAGAAGCAAUCGAAUGCUAUGAUGAAGCAAUCAAACUCGAUCCAAAAGCUGCUAAAUUUUACAAUAAUAAAGGCGACGCUUUUUAUAAUUUAGAAAGAUAUCUAGAAGCAAUCGAAUGCUCUGACGAAGCAAUCAAACUCAAUCCAAAAAUUGCUACCUUUUACAAUAACAAAGGCGACGCUUUUUAUAAUUUAGAAAGAUAUCUAGAAGCAAUCGAAUGCUAUGAUGAAGCUAUCAAACUCAAUCCAAAAAAUGCUACCUUUUACAAUAAUAAAGGCAUUGCUUUGUCUAAUCUAAAAAGAUAUCUAGAAGCAAUCGAAUGCUAUGACGAAGCAAUCAAACUCAAUCCAGACGAUGCUGAUAUUUACUCUUGGAAAGGAUAUGCUUUAAAUAAAUUAGAAAGAUACUCAGAAGCAGUAGAAAGCUAUGAAAAAGCGAUCCAAAUCAAACCAAAUAAGGCCAGGUUUUAUAAUCGUAAAGGCAAUAAUCUUUAUGCUUUAGAGAGAUAUCAAGUAGCAAUAGAAUGCUAUAAUGAGGCAAUCGAACUUGCACCCAAUAAUCCUUUGCAUUUUUGCAGCCGAGCUAGAGUAUUUAAUAGUCUCAGACAAGAAGAAGCAGCUUUGCAGGACUUUAAUAGGGCUUAUAAUUUGAAGCAAGAAAAUCAAGUAAGUGGUGUUUUCACUGGGGAUGAAUGGAAACUUUCUAAGGAGGAUAUCAAUUUUAUUAACGACACAUUAGACCGAGACCGUAUUGAGCUACUCCAAAAAAUGCAUAUUUAG